GUGUGGAUAUUAAAAGAGUAAAUAAUGAAAGAGUGGACAAUGAAAGAGUUAACAAUAAAAAGAUGAACAGUGAAAAGGUAGAUGACAAAAGAGUGGAUAAUGGAAGAGUAGAUAAUAAAAGUAUGAAUAAUAAAAGAAUAGAUGCAGGUGAAGAUAUUGAGAAAACAAAUGCAAGAAUAGAUAAAAAAAUGGACAAGAGAAUAGUAUACAAAAGAAUAAAAUUACCUGAGGAAGAUAAUCAUGGAAUUCGACCAACUAAAAGGCAUAAAUUGUCUACUACUUCUUCUUUAGAUAAACGUUCAGAAUCUACUCUUCGAGACAAAACCAAUAUUCAACAAACAUCAGCACAUAAACUAUAUCAAAGUAUAGCUUCAAAGUCACUUGAAUGA